AUGCAGGGCCUCAGACCUGAGCAGGUCCGGGGGCUGCUGGAGCCCGAGAGGGCAAAGACGCUGCUGCCUCGGGAGAACAAGGCCUGGGAGAAGCGUGCCACCUUCGCCAAGGACUGGGUGGCUGUGGAGGUUGGGGCCUCCGGCUGCGGCAGCGACGAGAGAGACCUACCUUCUCCCGAGACUGUGGUUCCCCAGGAGUGGAGCUCGGUGGAGGAAGACGAUGAGUCUGAGGAUGCCCAGGGCUUUGUGGAGUGGUCCAAAGCUCCACAGCAAACGACCAUAGUCUUGGUGGUGUGUGUGACCUUUCUGUUCCUGGUUUUAACUGGGAUGCCCAUGAUGUUUCACAUUUAA